CUCUUUUAGCCCAAUCCUCCCUUAUUGAAGGACAGGCCAAAGAUCCCACUUGGAAAUGAGAGAAGACUAGCAGGCAACAUUGGCUCCACCCAGCGAUAUCUCCAGGAGAUACAGAAACAGGAUUCAUGAAGAUGUUGACAAGACUCCAAGUUCUUAUGUUAGCUUUGUUUUCAAAAGGGUUUUUCCUCUCUUUAGGGGAUCACAACUUUAUGCGGAGGGAAAUUAAGAUAGAAGGUGACCUUGUUUUAGGGGGCUUAUUUCCUAUUAAAGAGAAAGGCACUGGAACUGAAGAGUGUGGGCGAAUCAAUGAAGACCGAGGUAUUCAACGCCUGGAAGCCAUGUUGUUUGCUAUUGAUGAAAUCAACAAAGACAAUUACUUGCUACCCGGAGUGAAGCUGGGUGUCCACAUUUUGGAUACAUGCUCAAGGGAUACCUAUGCAUUAGAGCAAUCAUUGGAAUUUGUCAGGGCAUCUUUGACUAAAGUGGAUGAAGCUGAAUAUAUGUGUCCUGAUGGAUCAUAUGCUAUUCAAGAGAACAUCCCAUUGCUCAUUGCAGGAGUCAUUGGUGGCUCAUACAGCAGUGUUUCCAUACAGGUGGCAAACCUGCUGAGGCUCUUCCAGAUCCCUCAGAUAAGCUACGCCUCCACCAGCGCCAAACUCAGCGACAAGUCGCGCUACGAUUACUUUGCCAGGACCGUGCCCCCUGACUUCUACCAGGCCAAAGCCAUGGCCGAGAUCUUGCGCUUCUUCAACUGGACCUACGUGUCCACUGUUGCCUCUGAGGGUGACUACGGGGAGACAGGGAUUGAGGCCUUCGAGCAGGAAGCCCGGCUGCGCAACAUCUGCAUCGCCACUGCGGAAAAGGUGGGCCGCUCCAAUAUCCGCAAGUCCUACGACAGUGUGAUCCGUGAGCUGCUGCAGAAGCCCAAUGCGCGGGUCGUGGUCCUGUUCAUGCGCAGUGACGACUCACGGGAGCUGAUCGCUGCAGCCAGCCGCGUGAAUGCCUCCUUCACCUGGGUGGCCAGCGACGGCUGGGGCGCACAGGAGAGCAUCGUCAAGGGCAGUGAGCACGUAGCCUACGGCGCCAUCACCCUGGAGCUGGCUUCGCAUCCUGUUCGCCAGUUCGACCGCUACUUCCAGAGCCUCAACCCCUACAACAAUCACCGCAACCCCUGGUUCCGGGACUUCUGGGAGCAGAAGUUCCAGUGCAGCCUCCAGAACAAGAGAAACCACAGACGGGUUUGCGACAAGCACCUGGCCAUUGACAGCAGCAACUAUGAGCAAGAAUCCAAGAUCAUGUUUGUGGUGAACGCAGUGUAUGCCAUGGCACAUGCGCUGCACAAAAUGCAGCGUACCCUGUGUCCUAAUACCACCAAGCUCUGUGACGCAAUGAAGAUCCUGGACGGCAAGAAAUUAUACAAGGAUUAUUUGCUGAAAAUCAACUUCACGGCUCCAUUCAACCCAAAUAAAGGAGCAGACAGCAUUGUGAAGUUUGACACUUUCGGAGACGGGAUGGGAAGAUACAACGUGUUCAACUUCCAGCACAUAGGUGGCAAGUAUUCCUACUUGAAGGUGGGUCACUGGGCAGAGACUUUAUCUCUAGAUGUGGACUCUAUCCACUGGUCCCGGAACUCAGUCCCCACUUCCCAGUGCAGUGACCCCUGUGCCCCCAAUGAAAUGAAGAAUAUGCAGCCAGGGGAUGUCUGCUGCUGGAUCUGCAUCCCCUGUGAGCCCUACGAAUACUUGAUUGAUGAGUUCACCUGUAUGGAUUGUGGGCCUGGCCAGUGGCCCACUGCUGACCUAUCCGGAUGCUACAAUCUUCCAGAGGAUUACAUCAAAUGGGAAGAUGCCUGGGCAAUAGGCCCCGUCACCAUUGCCUGCCUGGGUUUUAUGUGUACGUGCAUAGUUAUAACUGUCUUUAUCAAGCACAACAACACACCCUUGGUCAAAGCAUCAGGCCGAGAACUCUGCUACAUCUUGUUGUUUGGAGUUAGCCUGUCCUACGGCAUGACGUUCUUCUUCAUUGCUAAGCCAUCACCUGUCAUCUGUGCGUUGCGCCGGCUUGGGCUUGGGACCUCCUUUGCCAUCUGUUAUUCAGCUCUGCUGACCAAGACAAACUGCAUUGCUCGCAUCUUUGAUGGUGUCAAGAAUGGCGCUCAGAGGCCCAAAUUCAUCAGCCCCAGUUCUCAGGUUUUUAUCUGCCUGGGUUUGAUACUGGUGCAAAUCGUGAUGGUGUCAGUGUGGCUUAUCCUGGAGGCUCCGGGCACCAGAAGGUAUACCCUUCCAGAGAAGCGGGAAACAGUCAUCCUAAAAUGCAAUGUCAAAGAUUCCAGCAUGUUGAUCUCUCUGACCUACGAUGUGGUUCUGGUGAUUCUAUGCACUGUGUAUGCCUUCAAAACAAGGAAAUGUCCUGAAAACUUCAAUGAAGCCAAGUUCAUAGGCUUCACGAUGUAUACCACCUGCAUCAUCUGGUUGGCAUUCCUCCCUAUAUUUUAUGUGACAUCGAGUGACUACAGAGUGCAGACAACUACGAUGUGCAUCUCCGUUAGUUUGAGUGGUUUCGUGGUCUUGGGCUGUUUGUUUGCCCCCAAGGUACACAUUGUCCUGUUCCAACCCCAGAAGAAUGUGGUCACACACAGACUUCACCUCAACAGGUUCAGUGUCAGCGGAACUGCCACCACAUACUCUCAGUCCUCUGCAAGCACAUAUGUCCCGACGGUGUGCAACGGAAGGGAAGUUCUCGACUCCACCACCUCAUCUCUGUGAUUGCGAUAUGCAGUUCAGUUCUCAUGUUCUUAGGCUGUUAGACAAAGUGGUCACAUGCUGCUCCAGAACACGGAAACAGAACAAAAGAACAACCCUAGUACCUUUUUUUUAGAAACAGUACAAUAAAUUAUUUUUGAGGACUGUUCAGUAUAUAGUGAUGUGCUACAACUUUUUAGGCUGAUUUUAGCGCCCCAAUAACACCCCUCCCCAAACAUGGA